GUAUCUCAUUACUGUGCAGCUUACGUACUCUGCAUUAUUGAUGAAGUUACGGGGAAGAUGAAGGUUCCCUCCAUCUGCCAGAGUGCCAGAGCCAGCUCCCCUCUGCCUGGUUUUCUUGUUUUCUUCCUGACUUGUUAUGUGCGCAGCAUGGAAUCAGCACAAUUUAAAGUGAUGGGACCUGACCGGCCUGUCACGGCCGUGGUGGGGGAGGAGAUCGUGUUACCCUGUCACCUGGCCCCCAGGAUGAGCACUGAGAACAUGGAGGUGACUUGGUUCCGGUCCCAGCUCUUCCAAUUUGUCCAUCGCUAUAGCGAUGGAAAGGACCAGUACGAGCAGCAGAUGCCAGAAUACCAGCAGAGGACAGAGCUCUUGAAAGAUGAACAGGGGAAUGUUACUUUGAAAAUUCUCCACGUCAGACUCUCUGACGAAGGGCAGUACCGCUGUUUUGUUCAAGAUGGUGCCUUUUAUGAAGAAGCCGUCCUGGAACUAAAGGUGGCAGCUUCAGGCUCUGCUCCUCAUGUGUCCAUUGAGGAUUACCAGGAUGGAGGGAUCCGAGUGGCGUGCCGGUCGGCUGGGUGGUACCCGGAGCCCGAGGUGAUGUGGAGAGAUCUCAAUGGACAGGCCUUUCCUUCAGCCUCUCAAACAAAUUCCCGAGAAGCCAAUGGACUGUAUAGAACAGAAACUUCUGCCAUUAUAAUGGAAAAUUCCAAUCGGAACUUGUCCUGUGUGGUCAGGAACACCCGUCUCAGCCAGGAAAAGGAAUCAUUGUUUUAUAUAUCAGAUCCCUUUUUCCCGAAGGUGAAUCCCUGGAUGGUGUCUCUGGGAGUGACCCUGGUGGUUUUGCUGGGCGCCUUUGCCCUGAGUGUUUAUCUCUUCAAACUCAAAGAGAAACACGCAGCAGAACUCGGUAAGUGUCAUUCUCCUUCUCCCUACGGGUAA